AGGGCCCAAAUAAUUCAAAUGAAAAAAGCGGGAACACGUUGCCCCAAAUUCAAAAGUUGCGUCCACCUGUCACGUGUACGUUGAGAUGUAGGGCCCACGCAGUCCCCGCUGUCUCCAUCAUCGUCUUCUUCCGUUUUAAAUCCCCCUUUUGCUCGCUCGCCUCUUUCCAUUUCCAAUCGGAGCUGAAUCUUCUGCUAAUUAAUUCCACUCUCCCUUUCUCAGUAUCUAAGUAAUAUAGGAAGAUGCCAAUGCCUGAUCUGGAAAUGGAGAAAGAAAAUGUAGCUGUUCUGGCUCCACAUGGAUUGAACUAUGAUGGAAAGAAUUGUGCAUUAGAAAAGGAGCUGGAAAUGACCAGAGCUAAACUAAUGGCUUCCGAGCAAGAGGUCACAAAGUUAAAGGCUAACCUCUCUGGAGUGAUGACUGAAAAUGCUCAUCAAUUGAGGCAAUUAGAAAUCCAAGCUUAUGAGCAUCAAGUUGAGGUAUCACAUUUAUUUUCCAAAAUCAGUUUUUUGGAGAACCAGCUAGAAGGCACUGCAGAAAAAAUUCAGAGAUCAGAAGAAGAGAAUUCCGAGUUAAAGCGCGAAUUGCAAGCCUUUAGAGCCAAACUUGAUUCUACUGAAAGCCAUGCUUUGGAAUUGGAGGAAAAGUACAAUUCCAAUUUAAAGAAAGCCAAUUCAGAGAAAGAAAAGCUCCAAUCUGCCAUGUCUGAAGUUUCCGAACAGCUAGCUUUACUACAGGUGAAAAUGGAGGAAAUGGAAUUGAAAAACAAGGAGUUAGAAGACGAGCUCAUUAUAUCCAAAGUAGAAGAGAUUUGCUUGCAAGCAGACCGUGAACGUUUGAAAAAAGACCUCGAUGCCCUCAAGCUGAAUUACGACACUCUAAUGAUUGAGAAAGAUGAGACCAACACAACACUCUCCUCCAAAAACAGUCAAAUUCAGCAACUGCAUUCCAAGUGUUUGUUUCUAAAUGAAGAAUUCGAGAAAGUGGGGAAACUGGUUGAUGAGCUGCGAUCCAGAGUGAAGGACUUGGAGGAAGAAAUUGAAAGGCAGAAUGGUGUGAUCUCAGAUAGGGAAGAUGAGAAGAGGGAGGCAAUAAGGCAACUUUGCUUCUCACUGGAGCAUUACCGAAAUGUAUACCUGAUGAUGCGCGAGGUAAGCCUUGUUAAGAAAGAAGGGACCAAUGAUCAUUGUUCCUUGAUGUGUUUUCCUUGAUUGUGUCUGCGUGCCCAACAUAAGAUUAUAUGUGUGCCAUUUGUUGUCUUUCUUGUUUUUCUCAACUGAGAUUAACAACCAUUAUUGUGUAAGGAUUUGUGGUCUUGUACCCUCAAGGUUAAAUUUGUUAUUUGUUCUUUACUUUUCAAUUAAAUUGCCCAUGUCAUC